UGUAACCAAACGCAUGUGGUGCUUGCCCAUGGCGCGGGGCGAGCAUGUCAACAGUGCGCCACGAUAUUGUUGGAGGCGAACCGGGAGCUUGCUGCAGAGCACUUCACAGACAGAUGGGUCGGACGACGAUGAAGCAGAGCAGGAGAGUCCACUCGUUCCAUUGAUGCAAUCAUCUCCAUUUUCUUCGGAGAUAGAUGUGUCGGAGGAGAUUCAGCAGAUGCAAUCGUCUCCUGUUUAUUCGGAGACGGAUGUGUCGGAGGAUGAAGUACAACAGGAGAUUCAACAGAUGCAAAAGUUUCCUGUUUAUUCGGAGACGGAUGUGUCGGAGGAUGCAGUUCAACAGGAGAUUCAGCAGAUGCAAUCGUCUCCUGUUUAUUCGGAGACGGAUGUGUCGGAGGAUGAAGUACAACAGGAGAUUCAGCAGAUGCAAAAGUCUCCUGUUUAUUUGGAGACGGAUGUGUCGGAGGAUGAAGUUCAACAGGAGAUUCAGCAGAUGCAAUCGUCUCCUGUUUAUUCGAAGACGGAUGUGUCGGAGGAUGAAGUUCAACAGGAGAUUCCACGGAUGCAAUCGACUCCUGUAUCUUUGAAGACGCAUAUUUCGAAGAAUGAUGGUGAAGAGGAGAUUCAACAGAUGCCAUCGUCUCCUGGUGUUUCAGAGACGGAUGUGCCGAAGGAGACUCCACAGAUGCAAUCGUCUCCUGUUUAUUCACAGACGGAUGUGUCGGAGAAUGGAGUUGAACAGGAGACUCAGCAGAGGCUGCCAUCGUCUCCUGUUGUUUCGGGGAUAGAUGCCAUCUUGGACGAUGACGUUGAACAGGAGACUCAACAGAGGCUGCCAUCGUCUCUAGUUUCUUCGGGGAUAGAUGUCGUCUUGGAUGAUGAUGUUGCACAGGAGAUGCAGCCAAAGCCAAGAUCACUUUUAAUUCCUGGAUAUCGAUCUAGCAACCUCCUGCGAGUGAAGUUUGUCCCAGAGCUGGUGCAAAGAACGGUGAAGGUCGCGGACUGUCCAGAGGAACGUGCGAAAUGGAGGGACUAUAAUUUGGUCUCAUGUGGGAAGUGCUCCACCUGGACAAAGGAAAUGCAGACCUUUGUGGUCCGAGACGAGCACGGUGAUCGAGACCUCUUUUGCUCCAAGUGUGCGUCCGUUUGGUCCGACAUUGUCUCCGAAAGGCCUGGGCGAGGUGGCGUUGGCAACCUGAAGUUAAACUUCAAGAGGCGGAUGCAGCAGGAGACACCCACUUCGCAGAGUUGCGCUGAUCGUAUGAAAGUUCCCAGACAAUGUGAAGAGUUGCAGCUCAAGGAGUUGUCCGCCCAGCUCGUGAUGGCAUGAGCUGUUUUCCGCCGGUCACUGGGGGUGGGGGCGGUACGUACUCCACGCUGGACCAGGGGAACCUUGAGGGGUGAUCCCCAGGCGUGGUGUUGGAAUUCGUCGUUUGGACGUCCUUCGUGUGUGUGAACUUGUGAACGCCGUGCAAAAAGGGCAUCGCUGAAGUGCCAAGUCCAAGUCCUCAUGUUCUGGCGGU